AUGUCUUCGUUGCCUCCUGUCUACAUCGUCUCCGCCGCUAGAACCCCCGUGGGCUCUUUCCUUGGCUCUCUGUCGAGCCAGACUGCCCCUCAGCUGGGUGCCCAUGCGAUCAAGGCGGCCAUUGACAAGGCAGAGGGCAUCAAGGCCUCCGACGUCCAGGAAGUGUUCUUCGGCAACGUCCUUUCCGCCAAUGUCGGACAGAACCCCGCUAGACAGUGCGCCCUCCGCGCUGGCCUUGAGGAGUCGACGGUGUGCACCACCGUCAACAAGGUGUGCGCCUCCGGCCUGAAGGCCGUCAUCCUCGGAGCCCAGACGAUCAUGACGGGCAAUGCGGAUGUCGUUGUGGCCGGUGGUGCCGAGUCCAUGUCGAACGCCCCCCACUAUCUUCCUAACCUUCGCACCGGUGCGAAGUAUGGCCACCAGUCCCUGGUGGACGGAAUCAUGAAGGAUGGUCUGACCGAUGCGGGUAAGCAGGAGCUUAUGGGCCUGCAGGCAGAGGAGUGUGCUCAGGACCAUGAUUUCAGCCGGGAACAGCAGGAUGACUACGCCAUUCGGACCUACGAGAAAGCCCAGGCGGCUCAGAAGGCUGGUCUGUUUGAUGAGGAAAUCGCCCCUGUUGAGCUCCCCGGUUUCCGGGGUAAGCCCGGCGUGACUGUGUCGCAGGAUGAGGAGCCCAAGAACCUUAACCCCGACAAGCUGCGUGCCAUGAAGCCUGCCUUCAUUCCUGGAUCCGGAACUGUCACUGCUCCUAACUCUUCUCCCCUGAACGAUGGAGCUGCGGCUGUUGUCUUGGUCUCCGAGGCUAAGCUGAAGGAGCUCAACCUGAAGCCCGUUGCGAAGAUCCUCGGAUGGGGUGAUGCUGCUCACCAGCCCAGCAAGUUCACGACCGCUCCUGCUCUGGCGAUCCCCAAGGCUCUGAAGCAUGCCGGUGUCUCCCAGGACUCCGUUGACGCUUUCGAGAUCAACGAAGCCUUCAGUGUUGUUGCUCUUGCUAACAUGAAGCUUCUUGGCAUUUCGGAGGAUAAGGUUAACCUUCACGGUGGUGCUGUCGCUAUCGGGCCACCCCCAUCCGGUGCCCAGUGGUGCUCGUAUUCUGACCACCCCUGCUUGGUGUUCUGA